CAAAUUUCUUAUAAUUCUCAAUUCUGCUAAUAGGAGCGCUGGACUUCUAUACUGUACUGCUCUCUGUCAACGAAAUAUUGAACACCUUUACUGAGAUUUGUUGGUAACACUUUGCGAUCGGGAAAAAUUGUUUACAAUUUGUGUGCGCCAAAUGCACGUUUGAAUAUGCCGCAACUCUGACAAGUGUUUUUACAUGUUGAAUAUGUUCUAUACGGAUUUAUUUUAUUAUUGAAGGCAGUAAUUAUUCAGAUUGCAUUUAGGAUAAAACUUUCGUUAAAUUGUUUCUUACAGUAAAAUCACAAUAUUUGCAGGAGUAGAAAUUUUUAAUGUAGUGUUAUUGCAAUAGAACAGUUGAUUAAAAAUAUGGAAGAAGUAAUUUGUGAAAAAGAUGUUGAGAAGAGUGGUGCCUCAACAUCUGGGUAUGAUACCUCUAGUAAAUCAUCUAGAAAUAAAAAAAGGCAUUUAAAGACAAAAUCCAAACUGAGUGUCACAUCUGGUAUUUUGGAAGGUCUGGAAGAGGAUGUUCUGGAAGUCACUCAACAUUCAUCAGAAACUGGUUCUACAAGCCAGCAAGCAAUUUUGGAGCAUAAUAUUUCAGAAAGAUUAUUUGUUCAAAAGAAAAAAGGUUUUGAACCAGCAUCAAGAGGAACAGAAUUUGAAAAAUCCUUCCAUGACUUAUCACAAAGUCAAGAAAUUGUUGUUCAAAAAGAAGAAUUAACACCACACGAAUUUGCAAUCUAUUUAUAUAAUAAAACAAGACAAUUCUUUACUUUCUGUCAUGGCAUUCUGGGAGGAUUUGGUGUUGCACAUAUUAGCCUAGUAUUCAGUAUUGGAGAUAGUCCUGAAGCAGUACAGCGUUUUGCUGAAGGUUAUCCUGAUUUUGCCCGAGUUGUUCAAAUCUUGUAUUAUGUUCUUUCUGCUAUUUGUUUUGUGUCUGUACUAGACAGGUGUGACUUUGCAGGACUUAAGUUAGUUCACUGUAUUGAUUUCAUGCGAUAUCGAUGGGCUGAUAUUUUGACUAUAAUUUUCUACUUGGGAUUGCUAAUUGUCACUACUGUAUGUGUUCAAUGGGAUGACAGACUUGCUCUCAGCUCAUUUAAUGAAGAUUUAUGGAAAGAUUCUCAUGUGUCUCAUUCAGAAUUCAUGCAAUGGCGGCUUUUGAGCCUCCUUCGUGGGUUUUUUGCUGUUGCUGGAUAUAUGACUAUGUUUUUUGGUCCAGAAGAUGAUCUAUUCUUUAUUCAUUUAUCCAAUAUGAUUAAGCAGGAUCAAAAACAAGAGAAAUCUCAUGAAGCAAGGUAUUAAUAAAGAAUCUUUGUUCUUUGUAUCAUUAAUUUUAAUGUAAUAUUUUUUUUAAGUUUAUAUUUACAAUUAUUAAUGUAAAUAUAUGUAUAUAAUUUUUAAUGUACAUAUUUAUUAUUUUAAUGUAAAUAUUUCAAAUAAAUAUAAGAGGAAUGUAAACUAAAAAUGUUGGUACUUUUAUUCAUCAUUCAACUAAUUAUGGUUAAAUGGUGGGGAAGAGACUUCUCAAAACUGUUCAAGAAAACAUGCAC